AAUGUAGUAUUUUUUAACAGUGUUCUUUUUGACGUUACGAACUGAGAUUUGUUUUGCUUCUUUUUGAGGAAUUGCUAAGAAAAAUACAAUAGAAAUUUUUAGUGAAAUGUGAAUUUAUAGAGAAAAAAUUGUAAUAAAUUUAGAUAUUGGUAGUGGCAGUGAGUAGCUUUUCUGUAAAAUAGAUCGUUUCUUUAACCAGGGGAAGAUGAAACUUUAUAGACAUUUUACAAUUCCGGUUUUCAUACUACUGUGCCUCAAAUUUCCCGUGGGAGAAUUUACAUUAUUUUGUCAUUCGAUUGAUGUGUUUAUGGAAGCGAAACCCACCCCAUUUUGUAGUCCUCAAAUAAACCCUACGAAUUUUACAAAGGAUAUUCCAGGAAGCAUUACUUAUAUCCUCUAUGAUGUGAAUCCCGUUGAAGGAUUCAAUUUAAGGAGAGAUGUCUACAUUAGGAUGGCUGUUUUCGUAAAAAAUCUACGCAAGGACGAACGAUAUAAAAAUACCAAGUUAGUCCUACCUCCUUUCUCGGAUUUGUACCAUUGGAGAUCUAGGUACUUGGAUCAGAGUCAUGUUUUCUGGAAUACUUUCUUUGAUUUAAAGAGCAUGAAAAGAUAUACAGACGUCCUGGACAUGUGGGAAUUUUUCAAUGAAAUUAAAGCGAUAAGCAAAGACAAAAGGUACCAAGAUUUUGCAAUUGACGAAGUAUACAGGCUCAAGCAUUUUCAAGAAAUGUUUGAAAAUGGAGUGUUUGAAGAUAAAUUCGAAAAGACAAAAUGUGGAGCUGCAGAAGGUGGUCAGGAUGGAUUCUUCCAUUAUAGCAAUCUCACAUCGAAGAGAUUUACAUGUAUAAAUUUCCAAGGAAGUGCUAGUCUACUUAAGGACCUUCUCGAGAAAUUCAAGCCCAAAAAACCUGGGCAUAUACGGACAGUCUUAUUUCUCAACACCGAAGUGGUCCUUCACGAUUACUGGGGCAAUGAUGAAUUUUGGCGGGCAAGACGUUCAAUGCGAUUCAAUGAAAAGCUCGUGGAAAAGGCUAAUGAGUUCCGCAUUGAGAACUUCAAUGCCACAGAUGAAUUGGAUGCCGUUCAGCGUCCAGAAAAAUGGGAGGAUGAACGGGAGUAUCGAAAUGCCGUCGGAGGUGACUAUAUAUGCGCACAUCUUCGUAGAGCGGACUUUCUCUAUGGCCGAGAACGUACAACCCCGACACUGAGAUCAGCUUCUGGUCAGAUAAAGCGUGUAGCAAAGAUGCUGGGUAUCGAUCAGAUCUUUCUUUCAAGCGAUUGUUCAAGAUCUGAACUGAUGGAUCUCUUGGCAUUCAUGAAGCGCUUAAGAGUAUAUAAAUAUCUUCCACCAACGAGAACUGAUGGAUUGAAUGCCCUAAAAGAUGGGUCAAUAGCAAUAAUAGACCAAAUAAUUUGCUCAAAUGCAAGAUAUUUCAUUGGGACUUACGAAAGCACUUUUACUUAUCGCAUUUAUGAGGAAAGGGAGAUUUUAGGAUUUCAACCGCGAACUACAUUUAAUACAUUUUGUAAAAACGAAGAUUUGACGGAAUGUGAAAAAAAUUCACAAUGGCCCAUCGUUUAUUAAUAAGUGAAUCCUUGUACCUUAAAAUAGUGUAAAAGAAUCUCAGCUAAAAAUAUUUAUGACCGUAAGUCUUGCAAUAUUUAAAAUUUUAAUAAUCAAAUUAUCAUACCAAUUUUACGGAUAGAAUUGGGCUGAGAUUGAAAAUGAAAUUUAUUUAUUCAUUUUGUAAAAAAGACAUUCGUGAAUAAAAAUAUGUUAAUUUUUGAAGCCUGCACGAAAGAUUUUAGAAAAUUUUUAAUCUUAAAAUCAAAUAAACCCUUAUAUCUUUCCAAUUUUUAAUAGAUUGACGACACCUAGCAAUUUUAUACAAUUAAAUUUGAAAUUAAGUUUUUUUCACUAUCAAGUGAAAAUAAUGAAAAAUGUCACGAAAAAUAUAAUAUUGAUUGUGAACUAGCAUUAAUUGGGCAUGCACAAUUUAUUUUGUUUUUGUACCAUUAUUUGCAAAACAACGUUGUAUCAGAUUUUUUUUUAAAACAAAUAUUUCAAAAUCAAAAUAAAUUGUAUGUUCCUUAUACUGCUAAAUAUUAGUAUUGUAUUAACAAUCAUGUAGUAAAUGUGCAUGUUGUGAAGUGAAAAUUACGGUGUAUAAAUCAAUAAAAGUGUAAAGUACCAUUUUAUAAAUCAGUCAAUUAAAUGUGAUAUUAUUUCACAAACUUAGUAAAAUAAAAGAGCGUCAAACCA